GUUUCGUCACCCUGCGGCUUACCCACCGGAAUCCCUCCUCCCGAGGGAAGGGCACUCAGCGCAGAUACCGCCCGCCGCUGCUGUCACUAUGGCGACUACAGCAGCGCCCCGCCCCUUCACCCUGGAGAACCUCCUUGGAGCCCGUCACCGUGGCAACGAACUCACGAGGCUGUGCCAGCGCACUGGCCGCGCCCUGUCGCUUAUACUGGAGAGGGUGAACGUCUGGGUCCCACGCGGGCACGGCUCUCCCAGGUUUUCUUCCCAGCGGUUCCCAGGCGAGAACGGAACUUGGACUGGGGGCGGCCCCCGCAUCCUCCUGGGAGCUCUGAGGUGCAGUCAAGCUCGGAGAGCGAGGGUGAUUUCGAUCCUGAUUCGGUUCAGCUCCCCAAAUACCUGCGCUGCUAUCGAUGCCUCUUGGAGACUAAGGAGUUGGGUUGCCUUCUGGGGUCUGACAUCUGCCUCGCCCCGCCUGGCAGCAGCUGCAUGACCCUCCUCAUAAAGAACAACAGUGGUUCUGACAUCAUGGUGAGUGACUGCCGCCGCAAGGAGCAGAUGAGUGAUUGUUCAUAUACCCGCUCUUCUCCAGUGUUUGGCUUCUGGAUAUUUUCUCGAUGCUGCUUCCGGGAGUUCUGCAAUAACCCCCAGAACAGAGUCUUCUAUAUUCCUUAG